AAUUUUCACCACACUUAGUUAUUGUCGUUGCCAUAGAUAUUAUGUUCACGUAUUUUUAUACUCUAAACAUGAUCAAAGGAGAAAAAGAAGUUACUGUACAAUACUAUCUUCUAAUGCACAGAAAACUUGGUUCGUGGCUGUUAUUUGGCAUCUUAGCAGUUUAAGAAGACUUGCCUGAAGAUGCUUAUUCUUUCGUGAAAACAACCAGACAAAAUAAACAUUAUUUGACAAUAUAUGUUGUCUUUUGCACCAAGUCCCCUGGCCGAUUGACCUAACAAGAACCACACAAUAUAGCUCCAAAUAUCUUUGUGAUUUCACAACUGUUCUUCUUCAAUAACUAGAAAUUCCAUGUCGUCGAUUGAUGAAUCCCAGGCUUCCUAGUCACAUUUAAGACAAACUGCUGAUGCAUCUCCCACAAUCAAUCACACAAUUUCGAGAGAAAAUUUCAGAGAGCGGAUUGAGCUGACAUCCGUUACGAUCGUAAUUCAAGUAAAAGAAUCUCCGUUCCAGAACCGUACGUGAGAUUUUCAUCUCAUACGACUCCUCCCUUAUGUGCGAACGAUGGAGGGACGAAAGCCUCAGGUCGUGCUAGUACCAUUUCCUCACCAGGGACACAUAUCACCGAUGCUUCAGCUGGGGGAUAUUCUUGACUCACGGGGAUUCUCCAUCACCAUCGCUCAUACUGAAUUCAAUUCUCCAAACCCUUUAGACCACCCGGAUUUCAACUUCUUACUGCUACCUGAUAACUUAUCUGGUCACGACACUUCUCACAAAAUCUCGUUGAAUGCAAUAUCUGCUAUGAACAACAACUUCAAAGAGCGGUUUCAUGAACACAUGGUUGAGAUGCUGGAAACACAGGAGCAGCACGGUCAGGUUGCUUGUAUUGUGUAUGAUACUCUCAUGCACUUUGUUGAUGAAGUGGCUACUUGUCUAGAGCUGCCUACUGUCGCAUUACGUCCUAAUAGUGCUGCUUAUCUGCGAUCUGAUCAUGUCAUCUUCCAGCUUCAAGCCGACAAUCUAAUUCCCUUGCCAGAGUCUCAACUGCAGGAUGCAAUUCCAACACAUCCUCUUCUCAGGUUUAAAGACCUACCCUUUCCAAUUACUGCCGAGAUCCCAAAAAUACUACUUGAGUUCUUUACUAGUUAUGCCAAUAUAAGAUCUUCUUCUGCAAUCAUUUGGAACACUGUAGACAUGCUCGAGCAUGAAUCCUUAGUGGAGCUUCAGCAGCAUUACAAGGUUCCAGUCUUCCCAAUAGGCCCUUUUCACAAAAUGGCUCCAAAAUUCAAUACUAGCUUGAUAACAGAGGACACCAGUGUCAUCGCAUGGCUUGAUAAACAAGCUCCUAACUCGGUCAUUUAUAUAAGCAUAGGCAGCUUAGCAAAGAUGGAGAAGAAAGAGUUUAUUGAAACGGCAUGGGGACUUGCCAACAGUGACCAACCGUUCUUAUGGGUGGUCCGACCCUCUUCAGUUAGUGGAACAGAAUGGAUCGAAUGCUUACCAGAAGGGUAUGAAGCAUUAACUCGAGAACAAGGCUGCAUAGUGAAGUGGGCACCCCAGAAGAAGGUUUUGGCACAUCCAGCCGUGGGAGGGUUCUGGAGCCAUUCUGGCUGGAAUUCAACCUUGGAAAGUAUGUGUGAAGGAGUGCCGAUGAUAUGCAGACCAUAUUUUGCGGACCAAGUGGUGAAUACAAGGUACCUGACUAAUGUAUGGAAAAUAGCCCUUGAAUUGGAGGACCUUGAAAGGAGGGGCAUUGAGAAAGCCAUUAGGACACUCAUGGGGGAUAAAGAAGGCAAGGAAAUGAGAAAGAGAGCACUCAAAAUGAAACAAGAACUUGAGCUUUCUGUACAGAGAGGAGGUUCUUCAUGGAAAUCAUUAGAAAAUCUAGUAGAGUUUAUCAUGUCAUUCGCACAACAAAAAUGACUAGGCCAUUACGAUUCCUGAGCUGAGGGAUUGAAGUCAAAUUACGUUAUAGUUCUAUGAUUUUAUGUAGUAUGUUGCAAGAGAUCUGUUUGCAGUAAAAAAGCGUAGGCUUGAAUCAUGAGUUCAUUUAGGUAACAACUCAAGAUUCAUCAUUACUGUUACUUGCAAAAGUAAUUCAAUCGAAGCAGCAUGAUUUAAGACAAAAUUAGCAAGGUCUUGGAAUUUCAUUAUAAGGUUCAACAUGUACUCUUACCAGCAAUCUAUAUGUAAACACUUUUCGAGGA